AUGGCUGGAAUUGGAGAUAAAUUCGAAAUCGAAAAAUUAGAUAGGUCAAACUGGCCUACAUGGAAGUUUCAAAUGAAACAUUUGUUGAUGGCGAAAGAUGUGUGGGAUCACGUAGAUGGAACGAUUUCAUUACCUGACGAUAAUACAACAUCUAGAGCUACAUACGAAAAGGCCAAGCAAAAGGCAAUGGCGACGUUGGUAAUGGGAAUUCAGUCGAAUCUUAUCUACUUGGUGACAUCAUGCGAAACACCGAAGGACCUGUGGGAUACUCUCAAAGCCUAUUUCGAGAGGGAUACGAUAGCCAACAAGCUGUUUCUCAAGAGACAAUAUUUUACUUCAAAAAUGCUUGAAGGGCAAUCGGUCCAAGAUCAUUUGAAACGUAUGAAGGAAAUUGCUGAUAAACUCCAUGCACUCGGGUCUACAGUAGCUGAAGAAGAGCAAGUCGUGGCAUUGCUCAUAAGCCUUCCACCAAGCUAUACAACACUCGUUACAGCUCUGGAAGCUAAAGGAGAUGAACUAUCACUGUCCUUCGUCCAGCAAGCCCUUAUCAAUGAAGAGCAGAAAAAACAGGCCUUCAAAGCAACCGCAACGACUAAAAUUAAUCGAGACUCAGCAUUACAUUUGGAAAAGG